AGGGACCGUCACAUUAUCUGCACUCACUGCCUGGGACCUGACCACGCAGAAGCUGCUUUCACUCGAGGCGGAUGCCCCGAAUGUGACUCUCUGGGCCUCAACGAGCCGCGAACGAGCCUGCUACCACCGUGCUGCCGUCCCCUCUGUUCGAGCCGCGCAAGAAAAAAACCGCCAGAGCGGUCCCCGCGUGCUUCACCACCACCCGAGAACUCCCCGCCGGCAGUCCAAUUCACGCAGACGGACCAGCACCCCUCCAACAGAGCGGUGGGUCUCAUCUCAUUCGACGCGCCGGGGGACGACGGUGAAAAGGAUGACAGCCUUUCCAAUUGGCGCUGCAUCCUACGACUGGCCGGGCUCGGCCUUCGACCCCGUGCCGUCGACAUUAGCGGACACGGGCACCAGCACGGCCCGGUUCUCCUACCUACACAUGAAGUACCUUUUCUUUUCCUGGCUGGCUGUUUUCGUGGGAAGCUGGGUGGUGUAUAUGGAAUACUCAUCUUACACAGAACUCUGCCGAGGACAUGAGUGCAAGAACUUUAUCUGUGAUAAAUUCCAGAAGGGACUAAUUGAUGGCUCCGCCUGCAACAGCUUGUGCGAGAAGGGCACUCUUUACCUGGGGAAGUGUCUCUCUGCCAAACCCAGCAAUCAGGUAUAUUCUGGCAGUUGGGGGGAUAUGGAAGGGAUCAUAAAGUGUCACAUGCAGGAGGUUCCUCAUUAUGACCUGGGUGUAGAAUUAGAGCCCCGGAAAGAGUCUGCCUUCUUUAACAGGCCAACCAAAGGGACAUCUGUGGAGAUGUUCAAAGAGAUGGUCUUCAGCCAUCUAAAGGUAAAAGUAGGAGAUCAAGCCAACCUACAUGAUAUGGUGACCCUUGUGCUUGGAGUCGCUGACAGCAACAAGGAUGGUCAGAUCUCCCUAUCAGAAGCACAUUCAGCUUGGGCUUUACUUCAGCUCAAUGAAUUCCUGCUGUCCAUUGUGCUGCAGGAUCGAGAGCACACUCCCAGACUGUUGGGCUACUGUGGAGACAUGUAUGUGAUUGAGAAGGUGCCUUAUGUACCACUCUAUGGUGCCAGCCUACCAUGGAUAGUAGAGCUGUGGAUUCCAGCCAGUCUGCGACGCAGCAUUGACCAGUGGGUCACCCCCUCUUGGCCGCGCAAAGCAAAGAUAGCCAUUGGCCUGUUUGAGCUUGUUGAGGAUGUCUUCCAUGGAACAUUUGGAAGUUUCCUUAUGUGUGACGUUAAUGCAGCAGGGUUUGGUUACACAGAGCACUAUGAUAUAAAGGUGGUAGACGCAAGAAACAUCAUCCCUGAAGCGGCUUUUCAGGAAGUGAUGCGUGAAAGGCAGUGUGAAGAGGACAGUGACUGUGUGUAUGGCAGGGACUGCCUAACUUCCUGUGACCUUACAAAACACCGCUGCACCACAGAGGUGACACAGCCAAAUCUGGCCAAAGUAUGUAGCACACUGAAGGACUAUCUUCUCUAUGGUGCACCAUCAAACAUACAAGAUGAAUUGGAGAAACAGCUGUAUGCCUGCAUCGCUCUCAAGGGUGCCACUGAACAGAUGGAAAUGGAGCAUUCAUUGAUUAUUAAUAACCUCAGAACUUUGCUUUGGAAGAAGAUAUCCCACACUAAAGACUCCUAAUAUAACACAGAACUAAGUUAUUGCUAUUCUAUACAGAACACAUAGUAUACAAACAAUGGACUGGAACGGUCUGACUGAUAUCAGGUGACUCAUAACCAAGAAUCCUGGAAUCUAAUUAUUCUUUGUUGCAGAAUAUACCAAUACAGACUUUAUGGUCAUAAAGUCAUUGUUGCUUGCAUUACCCAGUCUUGAGUCAAUCCCAAAUUAUUACAGCUUAGGCUGCAGAGAAAUACUGCCUCUGUUAAUGCAUGUUCACCACUGCCAAGAGAAAGUACAAAAUUGCUGUUCUUCUUCUGGAUUGCUGUUUAAGAAAGGAAGAAAAUGAAAUGAUAUGAUUUGCAGGAUUUACAAAAAUGUUCAGACUAAAUUGGGUUUAAAAACACAUUUUGAUAACGAUAAAAUGUAAUAUAGCUGACACUCAAUUUUGUCAUUUUGGUAGCACCUUACAAUGUCUCUAUUUGUUAACUAUAGUAAAUGUGAACUAUGAACAAUGUUUAAAAGCAUUUAUUAAUCUUGAUUAAUGUUCAUUCAUAAAAAUUGUUCAUUGUUAGUUCAGACAAGUACACUAUAUGCCCAAAAGUAUGCGGACACCCCUUUCUAAUUCGGUUACUCUUUACAUUAAAUCCAGUAAAGAAAAAUAUGAAUGUUUCUUUAUGUUAUGGCUUGGCCUUUGUGUGCUUCCAAAUUUGUGGCAACUGUUUGGGGCUAGACCUUUUCAGUUCCAGCAUGACAAUGAACAAAAAUGAACGAAGUGAGGUCCAUAAAGGAAUGGUUUGCUUUGUCUGGCAUGGAAGAAAUUGACACAUGCACAAAGCCCAGAUCCCAUUGACCACUUUUGGGGUGAACUGGAACAGCAACAGUAAGUCAGCCCCCAUUGACCAACAUCAGUUCCUGACCUCACUGAUAGCCUUGUGUCUGAAUGAGAGCAAAUCCCUGCAGCCAUGUUACUACAUACAGUAUAGUGGAAAGCCUUCCCAAAAGAGUGGAAGCUGUUAUUAAGUAAAGGGGGAAAUUGAUGCCUAAGGUUUUGAAAUCAAAUGUUCAUCAAGCACAUAUUGUGUUCACAAAAUUUUGGCCAUAGUGUACAUUAAGCAUUAAUGUUAACAAUUUCUAGAUAAAUAAAAGAUGUAUAUUGAAUUUAACUAAGAUUAUUAACUAAUAUACGUAAAGGUGCUGUAAUAGAUUUUAGUAUUCUAGACUUAUGUAUCUUUCACAUGACUGAGCUGUUGAAUUAGCCACGCCCCCUCAUUACAAAAUCCCACCCACCAAAGAUACUUUUUAGGCCAAAACUGAGCAAAGGAGCAGCAUUGUUUGUUCCUGUGGCUGACAAAUUCAACAGUGGCACAAUAGCACCCUCAAUUGACAAGGGUGCCCUUCAAAUAAGCACGAGCAAAAUGAUUCGACAGGUGAAAAGUGUCAUUUUUGUUUGCUGUUAACAAAGUUUACAACUGUCACAGAGACCAGUGAGAUAUCUCAGGACACUUAUUUAAUUGAUAUCUUUAAGGGAGUAGGAUUUUGUUUUGCAUACUUUUAAAUAUUCUUUAAAUUUACAGCACCUUUAAUGCUCAUCAAAAUUGAUACUGUCAUCAAAGUGCAUUUUGAAUAGCUGUUUUAAGACACCUGAAAAUGCUUGAAGAUCACUGUUGAUGACCUGAGAGCUCUGUCAUAUUCUAUCACACAAGUUCAUGGGUUUUACAUUUUGCCUUUAUUUUAAAAUCUGUAUACGCAUGUACCGUUAUAUAAAUGAAGUAGGAUGAAGGGCCCUUAAGUAAAUUUUACAAUUUAACACUCUGUGCAUCCUUUGUUUCAAUCAGUAGUUUUGAAUUCAGUUGCAGAGCUGAAUCUUGGCAUUUCAAAUUCUAUCAAUGUUAAUGUUUCACCCUAGUCAAAAAGGCAGGUGUUACCUCAAAUAAAAAAAUUCACACGUUGUGA